AUGUGGGUACCCCAGAAAUCUGGAUGCAAAUAUGUUCGCCAGAUGUCCCUGCUGACUUUCCUGCUGGCCUCUGAGAGGAUGCCUCUUAGCAAAUAUCCUGCUGUGAUAAAUGACAUUUCAUUCUGGCUGCCCUCUGAGAAUUACGCAGAGAACGAUUUCUAUGACUUAGUCCGAACAAUCGGAGGAGACCUGGUGGAAAAGGUUGACCUUAUAGACAAGUUUGAACAUCCAAAGACAUGCAAGACCAGCCACUGUUACCGCAUCAUGUACCGUCACAUGGAACGGACUCUGUCCCAGAGAGAGGUCAGACAUGUCCACCAGGCUGUGCAGGAGGCCGCAGUGCAGCAGCUGGGUGUAGAAGGCAGGUUCUGACAUCGCCACUUCCCUGGGCUGCAGCCCUCCCAAGGCACCAGGAUUUGCUGAAAGAGAAAAAGAUAUGGUUUGUGAACUGAGGCGCCAGGCAUUUUUUGAUAAAUGGGUCAGUUUUGGGGCUCUCAGAAAAUAAAGGAUCACCCUUGAAAAGCU